AUGGUCCCGCGCCAGGAGAGGAAUGCCGCGCGGCACCCGCUGUUCCCUCUGCUGGCGCUCAUCUUCGAGAAGUGCGAGCUGGCCACAUGCACGCCGCGGGACCCGGGCGUGGCCGGCGGCGACGUCUGCAGCUCCGAGUCCUUCAACGAAGACAUCGGCGUCUUCAGCAAGCAGAUUCGAGCAGAAAAGCCAUACUACAGUCCAAACCCGGAGUUAGAUAGUCUAAUGGUGCAAGCGAUUCAAGUGUUGCGGUUUCAUCUGCUCGAAUUAGAAAAGGUUCACGAGUUGUGCGACAACUUCUGCCACCGCUACAUCAGCUGUUUGAAGGGCAAAAUGCCGAUAGACUUAGUGAUCGACGAGCGGGACAGUGGUGCGGCCAAGACGAGUGACCACGGCCACGGCGACACUAACAACAACAGUGGCAACUCGCGCGCGUCGGCCGAGGCCAGCCAGGAUGGCACCAGCACGCCAGACAUCAUGCGGACGUAAUCGAAUUCACGUCUCGUGCGUCUACAACGGGGAGACAACAAGCGCUGGAUAGACUGGAAGUCGGCGCCUCUACACUGCGCCUGCGUCGGCCGAGCCGGGCGCACAGACAGACAAACCGAGCGGGGGCGCGAGCGCGGGCGCGG